AUGGCUCGCAAACGAGGUUUAGGACCAUUAUUAAUCGCCUAUCAGCAAUCAGCGGUGAUCUGGGGAGCGUUUUUGAUAUUCUCUCCAUUAUUGCUAAUAAACGAUGAUAGUGUGCUUCAAGCCCGAUGCUUGUUCGUUGUUGCUCUUAUGGGAUGCUACUGGGUAUUCGAAGCGCUUCCAUUGGCGAUCACUGCUUUCAUUCCUCUUAUUCUCUUUCCAAUGUUUGGAAUCAUGCGAUCCGAUGAGGUUGCUCGUCUUUACCUCCCAGACACUUGCUUUUUAUUCAUGGGCGGUCUAAUGGUUGCAUUAGCAGUGGAAAAAUGCGAUCUUCACGGAAGAAUUGCGCUAUUUGUCUUGAAAACUGUCGGAUCAGAACCAGCGAGAGUAAUGGCAGGAUUCAUGGGAGUUACUGGAUUCUUAAGUAUGUGGAUUUCAAACACGGCCACAACAGCUUUAAUGGUUCCCAUUGUUCAAAGCGUCAUUGCAGAACUUGUUUCAAAUCACAGAAUGGAAGACCUGAUUGCAUUGAAUGAGGCGCAUAGUCAAAGGAAAAUGAGCGCCGGAAUGAGACGAUUAUCCCUGCCCCAUGAGCAUUUGGAAGUUAACAAUGAGGAUCUUAGUACUUCGAUGUCGCCAAGAGAACAAAGAAUGGCAAAGGGGUUGAUGCUAUCUGUAUGUUUUGCCGCGAAUAUUGGAGGAUCUGCCACAAUCACUGGAACUGCAUCGAAUCUCGUAUUCGUUGGACAACUUGACGAAUUAUUCCCAGGAGCCGACACUGGUGUCAACUUUUUAUCAUGGUUGGUCUUUGCUUUCCCCAUGGCCGCCCUUUGUCUGUUGUAUUGCUGGUUUGUAUUAUAUAUUUUAUUCCUUCGCGGAUCUCCGAAAGGUUCAAUCAUCGUCACGCGCAAACUCCAACAAAAGUACAAUGAGCUUGACGCGAUCUCAUUCGCCGAGGCCUCCGUCAUGGGCUGCUUCAUUCUCCUACUCCUAUUAUGGAUUCUUCGCGAACCUCAGGUGGUCCCCGGCUUUGGAGAACUAUUCAAACCCGACACUGUAUCAGAUGCAACCAGCGCCAUGCUAGUUGUUGUUCUGCUAUUCAUUCUUCCAGAACGCGCUCCACCAAUGCGAGGUUCACAAUUUGGAAGAUACCAGGCAAGCAGCGGGCUUUUGGACUGGGCUACAGUUCAAGACAGAUUCCCAUGGAGUGUUCUCUUCCUACUUGGUGGCGGAUUUGCAUUAGCCGCAGGUGUUAAAGAAUCAGGACUUUCUCAUGAUAUUGGAGCACUGAUGAAGAAUUUGGAUGUGUUCAAUCACAAUAUUAUUAUGUUGAUCUGUAUAAUCAUUGCCGUCACACUCACCAAUAUUUGCUCGAAUACAGUCAUUGCAAGUAUUUUCAUCCCGAUCGUUGCCGAACUCGCCAAGAGUCUUGAACUCAAUCCACUCAACUUCAUGCUUCCAGUGACCUUGUCAGCGUCAUUCGCGUUCCUCCUACCAGUUGCAACUCCACCAAACGCUAUUGCUUUCUCAUCAGGUUACCUUAAAGUGUCCGAUAUGUUCGUUUCUGGCCUUAUUUUGACGUUUGGUUGCGUUUUCAUAGCGAUGGCUAAUAUGCUUUUCUGGGCAGGUUUCGUGUACAAUCUUCACCUCUUCCCGCAAUGGGCCGCCAAUCCGGAACCCCCAUUGGAUGUCAACGACUGGCUUCAGGAAAACAAUAUAACUCUUCCGUUGAAGCCAUAA